AUGGUUGUCUCCAACGGAAAUUCUGCGCCCUCAACAGGGGUCAGAGUAGUCAUUGUAGGAGCAGGUUUUGGAGGACUCACAGCCGCCAUCGAAUGUCAUCGGCAGGGCCAUCAAGUCGAGGUAUAUGAAUCUUUCCCAGAACUCAAGGUCCUAGGCGACAUCAUCUCCUUCGGCCCCAAUGCCGGCCGCAUCUACAAGCGCUGGAAAGACGGCAAAAUCGCCCAAGAAAUGCGCAGUUUGAGCAUCGACCUGACCGAAUACGGAUUCCGAAUCCAUAAAUACGACACUGGAGAAGUAGUCACAACGCAAAAGGGCCCGCCACCUGACCCUGAGGCUCCUGUUUUCAAUGGCCAUCGUGGUGAAUUGCACAGCAUUGUUUUUAAUUAUGCGAAGGAUGAUUUGGGCAUCCCGAUUCAUCUUGGUCAUCGAGUGACGCAGUACUGGGAGGAGGAGGAGCAGGCCGGUAUCAUUCUAGAUGAUGGAACGAAGGUAUCUGCGGAUGUAGUUAUCGGCGCGGACGGCGUGAGAUCUAAAGCCAGAGAAUUGGUUCUUGGUUACUUUGAUAAGCCCAAGUCGAGUGGCUAUGCGGUUUACCGAGCAUGGUUCCCAAACACCGAUAUGAUCAAAGACCCUCGCACAAAGCAAUUCUGUGAGAACGGAGACACAUUUAACGGAUGGAUUGGUCCGGAUGUCCAUUUCCUAUUCUCGACUAUUAAGAAUGGCUCGGAUUGCUGCUGGGUGUUGACUCAUCGCGAUGAAGCUGAUAUCGACGAAUCCUGGUCCUUCCCCGGAAAACUAGAAGACGUCUAUAAGGUUCUCGAGGGCUGGGAUCCCAUGUGCAAGGCAAUUGUGGAAAAGACUCCCUCGGUUGUGGAUUGGAAACUUGUUUAUCGUGAUCCAUUGCCUCGAUGGGUCAGUGAUAAGGGACGAAUUACCUUGUUAGGUGACUCCGCCCACCCGUUCCUGCCCACUUCAGCGCAGGGAGCUACCCAGGCUAUGGAAGAUGGUGUCACGAUCGCUGUCUGUCUCAAGAGGGCGGGAAGCAAAGAUCGUAUUCCUGCUGCUGUGCGCGCAUAUCAGGAUAUCCGAUACGAUCGUGUUCGUGCAGUGCAAAAGACCGGCGAGACUACACGAGAUAUGUGGCACAAGGCGGAUUGGGAUAAGGUCAAGGAGGACCCUUCUUCCAUUCAUAUGCCUCGUGAUGAUUGGAUAUUUACUCAUGACGCUGAGAAGCAUGCCGAGGAGGUUUUUGAUGAAGUAGUCAAGAAGUUUGUUUAG